AUGAUGAUGGGGUCGCAGGUGGUCACAGACUUCCUGCGCUACCUCGAAGACCCAGACGUGGCGGUGGCUGUGGCUGCUAUCAAAGCUUUAACGGGUGUCAUUAUUCGCAGCGAGGCCAGCACCAUGAUGCAAAUGGAGAGCGAACUUCAAGCGGCAGCGCAACAACUACGUGCCUUUCAGGCCGCAGAUGACGAUGCACGAGCCACACGCUUUCACAAUUCGAUCGCAACAACGGCUGGCUGUCAGCUUUUUCUUCGCUACGUCACUCGGUGUUUUCUCGAGUUUGAUGACUUCGAUUUAUGCCGCUCACAGUUGAUUGAUCGAGGUAAACUUUUUGCCGAGACAUCGCUAUCCAGUCGCAAGCGCAUCAGUGAUGUAGGACACAACUUUAUCCGCGAUGGCAUGAAAGUUUUGACCCACGGAAAGUCGCGCGUCGUGAUCGCAUUAUUGCGCGAAGCUGCUCGAACUAAAAACUUUUCUGUUUUUGUGACGGAAGGACGAAGCAAUGGAUCCGGAGUGCGGACAGCAGAAGAGUUGGCAAAGGCGGGAAUCCCUACGACAGUUAUACUCGACUCAGCGGUUGCUUACUAUAUGGAGCAGAUAGAUAUUGUGAUUGUCGGGGCUGAAGGCGUGGUGGAAAACGGGGGUAUCGUCAAUUCAGUUGGCACAUACUCGAUUGCAGUAAUUGCACAAGCGCUUAAAAAACAAUUUUAUGUAGCAGCAGAGAGCUACAAAUUUGCUCGACUGUACCCAUUGACACAACGUGACGUCCCGCAGAAGCAGAUGGGUGCAAUUACUAGCAAUAUGGCAGGUGGUGAGGCAAUUGAUGAAGCGGUGGGACACAUAUCAUUCACUAGCCCAUUCUUUGAUUACACGCCGCCUGGAUAUAUUGCGCUCAUGUUUACAGAUUUGGGUGUACUUACCCCAUCUGCAGUUUCGGACGAAUUGAUAAAGCUGUAUCAGUAA